UCCUUCGCACUUCCGGGUGUACAUAAACAGAGCACGAACGGAGUCGCCUCGCCCAAAAGAUGUCUAAAGUGACGUUUAAAAUCACCCUGACGUCGGACCCCCGGCUGCCGUACAAAGUACUAAGUGUCCCAGAGAGCACACCGUUCACAGCAGUUUUGAAGUUUGCAGCUGAGGAGUUCAAAGUGCCUUCAGCAACCAGCGCAAUUAUUACAAAUGAUGGAAUAGGAAUCAACCCUGCCCAGACAGCAGGGAACGUGUUUCUUAAACAUGGCUCAGAGCUUCGCAUCAUUCCCAGAGACAGAGUGGGAGGACAGGGAGACGGAUGCUGCUUUUCCUCGUUGACGGCAUAAUGACUCACCCAGCAGAAUUCAUAUAACACUUGAGACCCAGGAAACACCCCAGUGUGUGCCAUAUUUAUUUUCUGGCCACAACUGACAGUGACUCACAUGAGAGUAUAUAUAUUUAAAGUGAUGAUGACAUGCACAAGAAAUGCAUGCCUCCUCCUUCUUCAUUUUCAGUCAAGAUUUUGCGGCAUAACAAGAUUCAUCAGACAUCACACAUACUGAGCAAUUAAUAUUCACAAAUACAGCUGCAACCCAUGACUAGCAAAGAUUAACACCAGAAUCAACAGUACUAGCUUUCAUAUCUUUGUAAAUGACAAUAAAAAGUAUAAAUCGCAAUGACACAUGCCUAUUUUGCAGUGUUUACUUUUAUCUUUGUUAACAUGUGUUUUGCUAAUGUGCAACAUGCUUUGAAGGAAGGACCAUUAUUAUUUUAUUAAGUGGCUAUAGAUUCAGGUAAAUUGUCUGUUCAUAUUAAAUAUUCUUUGUUUAUAUCAGCUACCAGUUGUCAGACAAGUAUUCUUCAUAGAUGUUAAAUGAACUAUGGUUCUGUACCGAACUUGUAUCAUGGACCAGUUUCCAUAACUAGAGGAACAUAUUCUACCUGCAGAUAAGAAUUCUUUGGAUUAUGUGAUGAAACAUGAUUGUUCAUCUGUCAAAUUGUGAAAACAUGUGGAUCUUUGCUGCCCUCUGUCAGGUUGCAUUUUAAUGUCAGUUUGUGCUCACCCAAAUUCCUUGCCUCUGUAUUCCAAACUAUGUAUUACUCCCCAUCUUAACAUAAUAAAUAUUAAAAUAAGA